CUGAUACUCACCAACAGCGAUGAGCCAUCGCCUGGCUUCCUUCAAGGGCCCUUCAACUCCAAACUCUUCCCCUGUGUCUCCUAAAACAACCAAGUCCCCAAAGGCUCGAUCUAAUCAAAACACAAACUUCCCCCCGCCCUCGCCAGUCCCUGAUUCUCCUUCGCGCGCAGUUGAAUCUACCUAUCAUCGCAAGAUACGUUCAGCUCUGUACGAACUGCGUGCUUUGUCCGAAACUUGGGACGAUCUAGCCGUCGUCGACGGGCUGAAAGCCGCACGUGCGCUAGUCGAUGGACGGACGGAGCUCGAUAAUGCGCUGACCGCGAUUCCCGAUGGGCUGCCUCGAUCUCGACUCCUUGGACCAAAGAUAUCACAGAUGGAAUUGCGUCUGGUCGAACUAAAUGUGGUUUUGAAGAAACUGGCGCGUUCUCUUCGAAUUUCUUCUGCAACUAUUGGAACUUAUGCUGGCUUCGUGCAGCGCGCAAUCUUUCGGCGCAUGUGCGCGACAAUCGAUGGCCUGGAUGCAUUGCUAAUUGAGGCACAUCGAACCAAGGGCGCACAAUGGACUACGCAGGAACCCCUCUGGGUGACCUGGUCUGUAGACCGCUUCGUAUCAACAUUACCAAACGUUCUUAUUCCUUACCAUCGAGCACUGCACGCGUACGCGGCCCUCGUCGACACUCUCCGGAAUCAUGCUCUUCCAUUCGACGAAGCGCGCAAAGCGAUCGCAGACUGGUCUGAGCAGACGGGAUUGAACGAUGAUGGGUGGACUGGAACAUGGGAGGGAUUGUGUGCUGCCGAAGUUGGGGGUUGGGACAUCUCGUAGUAAGUACACGGGUUUAAGGACACUGUGUGUACAUGCACUAUUCCCAUGAUGCCCGCCUAGAAAGGACACCUGCGAAGUGAUCUAUGCUGAGCAGAGACGCUGCAUAUCAGGGUGGUCCUCCACAAGCAUAGUACCUCGACGUACCAGCCUACUCAUGUCCUUGACAAGAAUUGCCAGACUUUUCGCAAACGACUGGCGGGUAGCGCGGGUUGUUCCGCCACAGUUUUGAUGAAGAUAGAGGGACUGCUGGCAUCAUGCCCCUCCUCGGGUGAGGUCCGUCGACGCACGAACUCCACCAAUUUGCGCUCACACCAACGCAUGAAAGUGGCUUCUUUCUUCCAAACGCCCGUCGUCCAGACGGACAGCGGCCCCGAAUCAAUGCUACGAUGCGCAGUGUCCAAAUUUUCCUUCACCGUAGCCCCCCCUCGUUCGUAUGCGCAGCGGAACCACAUGUGCAGGAAACCAGAACCACGCUCCGAUAGUCGGAUUCUGUUCGAGAGCACGACGUCUGUGAAUAUCCGGUCGCCAACUAUGACAAGCUGCUCUGGGCGCACGGGAUCGCGGAGCGAGGAAAAAUAAGUACGGAUGGCUUUGACACAAGAGUAGCCGGGUUUUGGUGUCGCAUGGAAAAGAACUGGAACUUGAAGAUUCCGCUUGACCGAUUCGGCCUAGGGUCUGAGUGUGAACCAGCGGAGUUGCUGACAAUUAGCACAUUCCCAUCUCCGAAAGUCCUCCGGCAGUCUUCCCAGGCUUCCUGCGCGGUCUUCAGAUGAAAAUUGUAUAGCAUCUUUCCAGCGAACACACGUACGGUCAAUUCUGGUACCAGGUUGUCCUUAUGAGGCACAGUCUGCAGGCAGGUGAGCGUUAAAUCUAAGGUUCCACAGGUGCCCCACUAUGCAGUUGUCUUUGUCGAAUACUAUGCCUCGG